AUGAACAAUUUAACUUAUUUCAGGCCUGAUGCAUUAUUUUCUCAAAGCGAAAAAUCAAGAAAAAGCAGCUCAGAGACUAAAAGAGACACAAGAAUCCAAUCAAUCAAGGAAAAACUUGAAGACGGGUUUUCCAUUUCUCAAAAAUACAUAACAGAAGCUCCAAUUGAGCUUUCAGAAAUUCCAAAAUUAAAAUCUGAGUAUAAUUUUCUUUCAUUUCAAAAUUCUCAAAAAAUUGAAAUCCUCAGCAGGUUGAAAACAGAAAUCUCUCUUGUCAAAUCAUACAGAAAAAGCAAUGACUUGAAGCAGUCCUGCACCCCAGAUUCUCGAGCAUCGUUACACCAUUAUCAGCAAUCUCUUGCAACAGGGUUUAAAUUGUCAAUUGACGAACAAGAAGAACUCAUUUCUAAAAUGAACACAGAGCUGCAAAACAUUUAUUCGAAAAUUGAAGAAGAAAACCACAUAACCGAACAGCUUGAAUAUAUGAAGGCAAAUGGGAAACAAGUUUAUGUAUUAUUUACAUAGAUAAAAAUUCACAAUAAAGUUGAAGAUAUCAGAGAAGUUUUUUCGCAUCUAAAAAGAUAUGAAAAAGACGUCAUUGACUCCCACGUUCAAGCUGACAAUCAAUUAAUUUUUGCAGUCCAUGAAGUGCAGAGCUGCAAAAAUGAAAGUGGAAAAGAAAGGUCCCUCCGCAAUGAGAAAUUGACGAAUUUAAAGAAAAAAGAAGUGAAACUUAAGCAUUCUGUAUCAAGCUUGACUCAAAGAGUUUCCGAAAAAUUUGCAAAUGUAGAAGAAGUCAUGGAGAAUAAAAAUAAUUAUGAUAGUGAAAUGACAACUGCUUUAAAAGAAUACAUAAAUCUUAAAGAAAUGAAUGAAAAUUUUAAAAAUCAGCUGAGGUUUUAUACAGAAGAGUUCAAUAAAAUUAAAGAGUAACCUAUAUUUAGCAUCGUGAAACAGUCUAACUGUUUAAACGCUGACCCACAAAUAGUUGAUUCUUAUACUCCUCAAGAAAUAGCCGGAGCACUAACGAGAAUGGUAAAUAUAGAGUCACAGCUACAAAGAAGGUUUGAAGAUUUAACAAAAGUCCAUAUUAAUUUAAGGGACAAAUGUGACGAAAUUACUAUGCAGCUUAAACAAAUUAAAGCAGAAAUUCAAGAUUCAAACUCUAUGGGCAAAAUCAAAGAAAGAGCGAUUUCCCUUACCAAAAGAGAAGCAAUCACUACUAAUGAGCUGUUAACUUCUAUUGAUUUAAUAGGAGAAGAUACAGCAAGAUCUGAGCUAAUUGAGGAUUAUGAAAAGUUCGAAGUAUAUGCUGUCAAGUUUAUUGUGACUGCAUUUUCACAAAUUUGAGACAAAAUGGAGUAUAUUGCAGCUAAAUGCCCACAGGAUGAAGUGAUGAGUAUUUAUUUGGCAAGAUCUAAAAAAACAUAUAAGGAACUGCAAGAAGAUAUGGCACCUCGGUCAUUUAGUAAUAAGAGAUCAUUAACGCAUAUACACAGAUCUAAUACUAGAAGAAUGAAUACUUCUAAAUCUCCUGCUGCAUCUCCUAUAUCUAAAGUGAGAAUGGAUUUUGGCACUGAAACCCCUCAUAAUCCACAAAAAACAUAUACAAAGCAAGAUAUUAUAGAUGCUUUUAUGCAGAAAUUCCAAGCAACCCAAGAUAAGGCAGAAAAUUUUGCGAAUGAAAUUUUAAGGUCUUAUAUUUUUCAGUAUUUCAUAGAAAAAUCUGACAUAAAAGCAACAAUUGAAAAUUUUUCUGGGGACACUGAGAUGUAUUAUGAAGAAUUGCUUAAUCUUCUAUACCCAGAAGCUUCGAAUAAUCUAAGGAAUAAGUUUGCAACUAGCUUAGACUCUCUUUCUUCUGCUCUAUCUGUAGCACUAAAAGUAUCAAGAGAGAUAAAAGCAGAGUAUGAUAAAGUCGAUGUAGAAACCCUUCAAAAAAAGAAAGCUAUACACUCAGUAUUAAGUUUAGCUAAAUUAAAAUCAGGAAGCCAAGCAAACUUUUCAUCAAUCGAUCAAUUGCUCAAAAAUGUUAUACAGUUUAAGCUUAAAGAGCACUCAAGAAAGAAAAACGACAGGUUGGAGCUUCAAGAAGAGUCUGAAAAUUUCCUUAAAAAGUUGAGAUCGAAAGUCGAUAAAACCCCUGAUAUAAAAUCUGACUCUGAAACUGGAAGCUCAACAGCUGAGCAGCCCACAAGAAGAGAAACCCCUGUUGAUGACACUGCUCUGUUAUCUACAAGAUCAAAGAAACAGAUCUCAAAGCAUACAAAAAACGCUUCUUCAAUGCCCAAUUUGCCAAAAAUUGAAGAGAAAACUGAAGCCUAUAGGAACUUUAAAGAUUUAGAAAUGAAAAUCAAAAAAAUUAAAAGGAUGGGAAGAAGUGCAGCUUCAGAAUUUGGGUCAACUAAGAAAGCUAUGAGUAGGACGCCUUCUAUAUCUAUUGACAACUAA